AUGACAGUUGUUACCGAUCAGAAGAGGAGGGCUGCUAUACAGGACGUCGACCGUCCCCCAGGCACGGCCACAAGCUACGUCGUCUCGCUGUUCAGAGGCGAGAAGCUCGUGAUCCCGUGCUCGAACUCGGUGAUGCGGCUGCUGGUCACCGGGCGGGAGACGGGCAUGACGUUCGCCGUGGUCUCGACGGGCGGGUCGGCCGGCGCGCCCAUCGGAUUCCACUACCACCGCGAGGCGCACGACGUCUUCCUGUGCCUGAAGGGGAACGUGAACGUCUGGGCGAACGACACGGCGAGGACGAUGGGGCCGGGGGACUUUGCCAGCGUUCCACCGGGCACGAUCCACCAAUACCAAAUCCUCGGCGACCACACCGAAUUCAUCGGCCUCAUCGUCCCGGGCGGCUGGGAAGAAUUCUUCCGCAUCAUCGGCGACCCCUACUCGGGCGCCGCCCUCUUCCCCGUCGACGACGAACCCCGCGACCCGCGCCUCGUCCUCGUGCCCCGGCUCGUCGAGGCCGCCGAGAGAUGCGACAUGGUGCCCGUGCGCGACCAUCCGGCGGCGGGGAUCGCGGCGUGGGGUGGUGGUAGGACUGGCGGUGGUGAAGAUGUCGACAGCCGCUUGCCGGAUGGGGUGGAGCCGUAUUUCCUGCGCGCGGACGCGGGGCCCAAGUGGUUGCUGGGCGGCACGGUGGCGCGGCCGCUGAUCACGACGGUGCAGGCUAGUGGGGGGAGGUUUUCGGUCGUUGGGGUCGAGGGCGGGGAUGGGCAUGGUCGGGGGAGGGUGGGUGUUUUUGCGGGGGGGAGGCUGCGGUGGAAGGGGGUGCAUCAUUGCUUUUUGGUGGUGCGGGGGAGGGUGAGGUUCGGGGUGGGAUCGAGGUCGACGUCGGGACGAGGCGGCGCUGGGUCAGGCAUCAAGGACGGCGGCGCCGAGGACGGCGUGAGCUUGGCGGCGGACGAUACCGUGUUCAUCCCGGCGGGGGAGGCGUUUGAGUUUGCGUUUGAGAGCGCGUUCGCGCAGAUGUACGUGUUUGCGAAUGGCGGCGGGGUGGCGGAGUUGGUGAUGGAGCUGGGGAGGCGGUGGGAGGCGCCGGGGAGCAUACCGGAGAGGCCGAUGGAUGAGUGGAGGAUGGAGCGGCUGAUGGCGUUGGGGAGCGAGCGCGGGUUUGUGGUGGAGGCGUAG